AUGGCGAAGCCUUUGGGUACUACGGGAGAAUUUUUCCGGCGAAGAGACGAAUGGAGGAAACAUCCGAUGCUUUCGAACCAAAUGAGACACGCUCUUCCCGGACUUGGCAUCGGCGUCGCCGCCUUCUGCGUUUAUCUCGUCGGUGAGCAGAUCUUCAAUAAAGCUUCGGUUCCUUCAAAAUCAUCUCACCAACAUCAGAAUCAGCCUGCUCCGUCUCACUAA